AUGUGCGGUCUCGGGUUUGUGUGUGUGUGCGGAGGGGGGGAGCGAGGGGGCGGACACAGUGGAAAUUUCCACUCCCUGCAGCAGCCACAGCCGCCGCCGCGGCGGGAAAGAGGAAGGCGGGCGCAGGCCCCGAGCCGUCGCAGGGGGAAGGCGGCGCCCGCGCCGCGCCUGGGUCCGCCCGGCUCGGGCCCGCUCCCCGGCGGCGGGUGUCCCCCUCCCGGCCCCUUUCCCCCCGGGCCGGGGCGGCGGGGCAGCCCGGGGGCGGGCGAGCAGCGGCGACCCCCCAGCGGGCGGGCGUGUGCGCGGCGGAGGCGGCGCUUCGCGCGGGCCGGGGGCGGUGCGGCGGAGCCUGCGCAGCUGCCGGCGCCCUUUAAGCCGCGCCGCCCGCCCGGGUGUCUGUGCAGCCUGGGAGCCGCGCGGGCAGGAGUCGCCACCAGCACCGCCUGCCGCCGGGGACGCGCCUUCCUCUACCGGUUCCCCCCCCCUCCGGUAUCGCCGCCGCCGUCCCCUCCUCCCCACCGCCCUCUGUCCCGCUGCAUCCCCGCUCCUCCCGCUACAGCCAGCUCUAAGAUGCCCCGCUAUGAACUGGCUUUGAUCCUGAAAGCCAUGCAGAGGCCUGAGACUGCAGCUGUGCUGAAGCGCACUGUUGAGGCUCUUAUGGAGAGAGGAGCCGUGGUGAGGAACCUGGAAAACCUGGGAGAAAGGUCUCUACCUUACAAAAUCUCCAAGCACAACGAGCGCCACAGAAGAGGAGGGUAUUUUUUGAUAGACUUAGAGGGCCCACCGUCGAUUGUGUCGACCAUGAUGGAUCAUUUAGGACGUGAUAUUGAUAUAAUUAGACGUGGUUUUAUAAAGCAUCCUGUAUCAAAGACAGAAGAAUGCAGUGGCAUAAUCCCAGUCAACUAUGAAGAUAAACUAAUUGCCAACAAAAAGUGAAUAUUCCAAAUAGCAUGUUUGAAACAUUUGAAAUUUUUUUUUAUUCCUGCUUUGGAAAACAAUUGUGAUAACUAAUGUCCAUCGAAAAUAAUCAGUUUUGGCCAUGUUAUGUGUGUGGUAUAGUACACUAUCUUAAGUUAUUGUAACAUUUGAGGUUUCUUUUUGUUUCAAAGAAUUUGAAUAGACUUAAUCUGUAUGCUUAUCUUGGUGUUUGACAACCUGAAAAUUGAUUUUCUUUUCUAUUAGAGCAUUACAUUGAUAAUGAAGAUUUAUCCAUCAUCAGAAUGCUAAAAAUAGCAUUCUUUUCUAAAGACAGAUUACUUUAGAAUAUGUAUAUUUACAUAAGAGAUUAAGAAGUCUACAGUGUAAAUAUAGCAGCAUAGGAUGUGAUUUGUUUGAUGGGUUUUUGCUUGGUUUUGGAAAAAAGGUAAUAAAAGCAUGAUUAAAAAUAAAA